GGCAGUUGUGUCUGCUGAUUUUUAUCUGCUUUAGUAGUACGGAACAUUUGCUCUACGUCUCGGCAAGUAGUGUAUUCUUGUAAGAUAUCAGACAUGGGUAGCACGGCGGUAACUGCAACUCCAAAGAAAUCAAAUGAGAGCAACGACCUUAAUGAAGUUUAUGGACUCAACUUAAAAAUCCUCCCGUGCAGUAAUCAAGUGAAAGAAUUGCAAACUAUAUUGCGGGACAAAAACACCACGAGGAGCGACUUCAAGUUCUACGCCGACCGCCUGAUAAGACUGGUGAUUGAAGAAAGCUUAAAUCAAUUACCUUUCUCCAAAUGUGUGGUAGUUACACCAACUGGAGCCAAAUACAAUGGUUUAAGAUACCAAAAAGGAAAUUGUGGAGUAUCCAUAGUAAGGAGUGGAGAGGCCAUGGAACAGGGUUUAAGAGACUGUUGUCGUAGCAUAAGGAUUGGAAAAAUAUUAGUUGAAAGUGAUGCAGAUACACAUGAAGCCAAAGUAGUUUAUGCAAAAUUUCCAGAUGAUAUAUCUGAAAGAAAAGUGUUGUUAAUGUACCCAAUAAUGAGUACAGGAAAUACUGUGAUAAAAGCCAUUGCUGUCCUAAAAGAACAUAAUGUACUUGAAGAAAAUAUCAUUUUGUCAAAUUUAUUUUGCACACCAAUUGCAGCGAAGACUCUAAUCACUGCUUUUCCUCAGAUGAAGAUUUUGACAUCUGAGAUUCAUAGCAUUGCCCCAAAUCAUUUUGGACAGAUAUACUUUGGCUGUUCUCGUUUCGUCGUACAGGAAACUACAAAUGUACAAGAAGAUGCGCAAAGAUAAUUGAAGAAUUUAUACUACAAACGUUAUGUAGAUUUUAGAGUUUAAUUUUAUUUACUAACAAAUUUCA